CUCUUCUGUAGUGUAGAAGGAAAGGUUCCCCACAUAUAAAGUGUGGCUUGCCUUCAGCAGCUUCUCUUGUAAAUGACACUUGCCCUGGAAACAAGCAGUCAUACAAACGUGAGCAAUUGUUACCAAACAGCGAUGACAGCGCUGUCCCUCAGCCCGAUGUUGGUCUGCGCGUCCGAGAAGAAGAAGCUGCAGAUCGGUAUCAAGAAGCGAGUGGACAAUUGCCCCUUGAAGUCCCGCAAUGGAGACGUGCUAAACAUGCACUACACCGGCAAGCUGGAGGACGGCACCGAGUUCGACAGCAGCGUCCCCCGCGGCAGACCUUUCACCUUCACGCUGGGCAGCGGCCAAGUGAUUAAAGGUUGGGACCAGGGCCUGCUCGGCAUGUGCGAGGGAGAAAAGAGGAAGCUGGUCAUCCCCGCCGAGCUCGGCUACGGAGACCGAGGAGCGCCGCCUAAGAUCCCCGGAGGAGCGACACUUAUAUUUGAGGUGGAACUGCUCAGCAUCGAGAGGAGAUCCGAUCUUUGAUGAAAGAGGGAAGCUCAAGGGUCCUGCGAAGGAUCCAGGAGACCUGCUCUGAUAGGACAUCUAAAAGUGAAGUAGACAACAUGACAAAUUUGGGAUGGGUUCUCUUCCGCCAUCGGAGUCACUACAUCUGCAUAAUAUGCUCUCUUUUACUGGACCAAGAUUGCAGGAAUAAGAUGGUCUGCCAUCUUAAAAACACUGCAGGAUUCCAUUGAAAUACACUUUUUUGUUUUUCAGUUAUUAGCAGGCAUGUUUAUGUCUGUUCUUUUUUAAUUUUAAUAUGUUGGCCAGAUAAUUCAACCCACUGGGAAAAUGGGCAACAGUUCAUUUCAGCUUUUGUUGACCUGAUUUGUAAAAUGAUAAUAAAGAAAUACCUUUGCAAAAGAA